AUGGAUCAACCAAACUCAAGUAGAUCAUCGACAACCCUCGAAAACGGAACUCGUCCAGACGAAGCAACAUUUGCUCCCUUAAACACCCACCAGAGCACAAUGUCCCGCGUCCGCCGCUCCCUCUCUCACAGCCACUCAAGAGACGGUUCUCAGAAGGAACAUCGAGAUCCGGACCUCGAUAUCGAUCUUCCCUAUCGUACCCUCAGCGCAAACGCCAAUCUCGAUGAAUACCGUGUUGAAGUCCCCGGCGGUGCCAUCCCCGGUCCCGUCCAGCCUGAGGAGAUCGCUCGAAAAUCUACAAACCACGAGCCCGGAACGGAACGCCGCUACAAGCUCGUCACUUUCACGCCGGGAGACCCUGAGAAUCCCAAGAACUGGAGCAAGGCGUACAAGUGGUGGUGCACUAUGUGCGUUGCGCUGACAUGCUUCGUCGUCGCUUUUUGCUCGUCCGUCAUCACUGCUGAUAUCGCGGGUGUGACCAAGGAUCUCAAUGUCAGCAAUGAGCUUGCUCUUGCGAGUAUCAGUCUGUUUGUCGUUGGCUUUGGCGUUGGACCUAUGGCUUUCGCGCCUUUGUCUGAGAUUUACGGUCGAAGGAUUAUCUACGGCUCUACCCUCUUCAUUGCUUUCAUCUUUAUUAUUCCUUGCGCCGUGGCCAAGAACAUCGAGACUCUUCUCGUCUGCCGUGCCAUUGAUGGUAUUGCUUUCUCUGCGCCUAUGACCCUUGUCGGUGGCACACUUGCCGAUAUGUGGAGGAAUGAAGAGCGUGGUGUUCCCAUGGCCGCAUUCUCUGCUGCUCCCUUUAUCGGUCCUGCUAUUGGUCCUCUCGUUGGUGGUUUCCUCUCCGAUGCUGCUGGCUGGCGCUGGCUCUACUGGAUCCAACUCAUCCUGGCCUUUGUCGUCUGGAUCCUCAUCACCUUUACCGUCCCCGAGACCUAUGCCCCAACCAUUCUGGCCCGUCGCGCUCGCAAGCUCCGAGCCGAAACUGGAGAGACCGACCAUGUAACUGAGCAAGAGCUCGAUCUGCGCCCAAUCUCUGAACGUCUUCGAAUCUUCCUCAUCCGACCUUUCCAGCUCCUCUUUGGCGAGCUCAUCGUGUGUCUCAUUUCGCUGUACAUGAGUGUCCUCUACGGUCUUUUGUACAUGUUCUUCGUCGCCUACCCCAUAGUCUACCAAAAGGGCAAGGGAUACUCUGCUGGAAAGACUGGUCUUAUGUUUAUUCCCAUUGCAGUCGGUGUCCUUAUGUCCGCUUUCUGCGCCCCCUUCGUCAACAAGCACUACCUCACGCUUGUUAAGAAGCACAACGGUCACCCUCCCGCUGAAGUCCGUCUGAUUCCCAUGAUGAUUUCAUGUUGGUGCAUCCCCAUCGGUCUCUUCAUCUUUGCCUGGACUUCAUACUCAGACCUCUCCUGGGCUGGUCCGGCCAUGGGUGGUUUCCCUGUCGGAUUUGGGUUCAUCUUCCUCUACAACUCUGCCAACAACUACCUCGUCGAUUCUUACCAACACCAAGCCGCUUCUGCUCUCGCCGCAAAGACUUGUAUCCGAAGUUUCUGGGGUGCUGCCGUCGUUCUCUUCACUGAGCAGAUGUACGAGCGUCUCGGCGACCAGUGGGCAUCGACCCUUCUAGCCUUCCUCGGUCUUGCAUGCUGUGCUAUUCCCUUUAUGUUCUGGAAGUACGGUGCCAAGAUCCGAGAGCGCAGCAAGUACGCUUACGCUGGCGAGGACGAGAGUGUCGACGAUAUUGAAAAGGUCAAGAGCCACAACGCCUCGGGCGGUCAGGUUCGCAAUGAUUCCGAUGACGAAGACUUGCGCCGUGCUCGAAGCUACGUGAGCAAUCCUUAA